AUGGGCUUGGUGAUUGGACCUUUUGAUACGCCCAAGCAAUCACGCAAUGUAAUUAAGACACUAGAUAGUAGUCAGUCGUACCAAAUUAGAUAUAAAAACAAUAACAUGCCACUUAAACUUGUUUCUGCAGAUCAAAAUGCAUCACUUGACAUUCAAACAUUAAAAGAACCAACAAUUGUGGGAGUCAUUAGCAAUAUAUGUGAAGAUUCCACAAGUUAUCUCUUGUACGUUAAGAAAUGGAAGAGUACGCAAUAA